UAACUCCAAGAGAAGUAUAAAACCUAGUUACCAAUCUCCUCUGCGUUCUCUUUGUGUUUUGUUUCCCUGUCUUUUUCAGCUUCCUUGGCUCUCGCUCUAUAGCAAAGAUGAGAUCUCCCCUAAGAGGACGUGGAAGAGGUGAAGGAAGUGCCAUGAGAGGCGGUGGAAGAGGUCCCAGAGGAAGAGGUCCCAGAGGAAGAGUGCCCGGAGGAAGAGGCCCUAGAAGUGGGCCCGGAGGAAUGAAGGGAGGAAACAAAGUGAUAGUGACUCCUCACAGACAUGAAGGAGUGUUCAUUGGUAAGGGUAAAGAUGAAGUUAUUCUCACUAAGAACUUGGUUCCUGGUGAAUCCGUUUACAAUGAGAAGAGAAUCUCUGUGCAGAACGAAGAUGGAACUAAGGUUGAAUACAGAGUUUGGAACCCUUUCCGUUCUAAGCUAGCUGCCGCAAUUUUUGGUGGUCUUGAUGACAUUUGGAUCAAACCUGGCGCUAAAGUUCUUUACCUUGGUGCUGCCUCUGGAACCUCUGUAUCUCAUGUCUCUGAUAUUGUUGGACCUGAGGGAUGUGUUUAUGCCGUUGAGUUUUCUCCAAGAAGUGGAAGAGAUUUGGUGAACAUGGCAAAGAAGAGACGUAAUGUGGUUCCAAUCAUUGAAGAUGCUAGACAUCCUGCUAAAUACAGAAUGCUUGUGAGCAUGGUUGAUGUCAUAUUCGCUGAUGUUGCUCAACCAGAUCAGGCUAGGAUAGUAGGUCUCAAUGCAUCUUUCUUUCUCAAAGCUGGAGGUCACUAUAUGAUCUCAAUAAAGGCGAAAUGUAUAGACGCAACAAUGCCAGCAGAAACGGUAUUUUCAAACGAAGUGAAGAAGCUACAAGCGGACGAGUUGAAACCAGCAGAGCAGAUUACUCUUGAGCCUUAUGAGCGUGACCAUGCUUGUGUUGUUGGUGGAUAUCGCAUGCCUAAAAAGCAGAAAACUGCUACUGCUUCUUAAUUAGCCAAUCAGUCUUUUUACUAAUUAGUUUUUGAAUUACAUAUGAUCUCGACGGUAGGAAUUUUAACUUGCAUUUUUGAGUUGGAUUUCAUUUAUAUGCAUUUUUGAGUUGGAUUUCAUUUAUAUGCAUUUUUGAGUUGGAUUUUCAUUUAUAUUUUCUCAUGGUUUUGGUUCUAAUUAAAAUGGAAUUUACUCUGAAGUGAUAAUUUGAUUUAUUUAUUUACAUGAUUGACCUAUAGAAUGAGCCAUUUUCUUCUUCUUGAUUAUCUAUUGUUUUACUUAAAAAUAUAGUCACACUUGAAAAGAAGAAAUACACGUACAUACGCCUCUGUAUUUCUAGAGACAGUGCUGCUUCUAAACCACUGUCUCUCAUGUAUAAUUUUGUUAGUCCUGUAACUGAAGCCUUUUACUAAUCUAUGGUGUUAUCCUUCUGCUAAUUAGUUCUUAGAUUCUUCACCGUCUUACUACUGUGACUCUACCAUCUUUGCUUUAUGUAUUUUCAGGAAUGAAUCAUCUCUCUAUGCCAUUGAGUUUUCUCAUAGAAGUGGUUGAUAUUUGGUGAGCACGGAAAAGAAGAGAACUAUGGUUAUACCAAUUAUUGCAGAUGCUAGAUAAACAGAAGACUAUAUCUGCAUACUAAAUAUUUUUCUUAUAAUAAUAUUCUACAAUUCCCUAAACAUUAGUUGCAAAAUGAUUUUUUUUUGUCAGUAUUUUUUUUUAUCAGCAAAGUGAUUUAUACUCGUUUUAUCACCAUAUUCAUUUUCACCAAAAAGAUGAUAUGGAUAUAAAAAAUAGUGAUAAGGCAUCAAUCUAAUUGUGGCAUGUAAAACUUUUUUAUAAAAAUUUAUAUAUUUUUGGUAAGAAUUUUUAAAUAUGGUAAUACCUAAUAACUUUUAUAAUUUAUACUUUUUGGUAAGAAAUUUUUAAUAUAGUAACUAAUAACUUUUAUAUCACAAUUUAAAAGUUAAAAUUUCUGUAUAAAAGUAUUUUCAGCAAAACUUUUAAAAUAUAUUAGUAACUAAUUAUUCAUAUAUCACCAUUAAAUAAAUAUAUAUAUAUAUAUAUCAUAUAUGCAAAAAAACUAAUAUAUCAUAUAUACAAAAAAAAAACUAAAUGUAAUUAUAUUAUAUAUAUAUAUAUAUAUAUAUAUAUUAUAUAUAUAUAUAUUAUAUAUAUAUUAGAAUUAAUUGUAAAUGUGCAUUAACAAAUAUAAAAGUAAAGCAAUACUAAUAAAUUAAUUUUGUUUUGUUGAUAAAUAUAUGUUUAAAAUUUUAUUAUCAUUUAUUAGUUUAUUAGAUUAAUUAGCAAAUUGAUGUUUACCAGUUUAACAUAUUUUGACUAUAAAUUUAUGUGCAAUCUUAGUUAUGCAAAUUUUUUUUUAAAUUAUGUUACAUGUCUGAUUCAAUAGUAAAGAAAAUUGAUUUUUUGUUAAUCAUUUUAUUUUGCAAAAAGAAAAAAAACAUCAUUCUUUCCAAAUUAUGUGCAACUCUUGAAGAUUAUUGUUGGCAUUCAAAGGCCACCAAUAUUGUUAGAAUGAAGUGACAUAUUGUUACCAAAUGUUUAAUCUACGAUAUACAAUUUUAAUACAAGUUUUGUAAUUUCAAAUAAGACAAUACUAGAAGAUAAUCCACUCGCAUGCGCAGAGUAAAUUUUUUAUACUAAUGUUUGUUCAUGCUUUUAACAUUUUGUAAUACUACAAUUUUUAUCGAUUGUAAAAUAAUUAAUACAACUGUUGGUCUCUUAAAUAUAUCAUUGUUGUUGAAGAGUUAACAUAUUACAGUUUAUUUUAAUUAUUUUGAAGACUUCAUAUGCAUAAAAUAAAAUUAAGUUUUACGGCUGACAUAAAUCACAAAAACCAGACAGGCAAUAUCGAUUGUAAAAU